CAUCAUCAACUUCCUUAGCUUCCUCCUCAUUUUCAAUUCCCGUCUUUCCUAGAAAAAACCCACCCAUUUCCUCUCUUUUACCCAUUCUCUCUCUCUCUCACACACACACCACCCUAACAUCUAUCUACCAAUCUAAGAAAAUUUCUAAGAAAACAAAGAAUGAGUAGUAUUGUAAGCUGCGGUAGUGAGGGUAAUAUUGGUUUUUCAGAGAAGAGGGAGAGGCUUAUGAAUAAGCUUGUGGAGGGGCAUAAACAUGCCACUGAGCUGAAGCUUCUCCUUCAGAAUCAGAAUCAGAAUCCUCCGGCUACUAUUCAUCACGGCGGCGGUUCAUCAGCUGAGGCGCUAUUAAUAACCAAGAUUCUGAGAUCUUUCGCGGAGACUCUCUCCGUUCUAGAUUCUUCUUCUUCUUCUUCUGCUUCCUUCUUCCUUAACGAGAAUAACAGUGGGUCCCAGCUUGUUAUUGCUGCAAACUCCACCAUUAAUGAUCUGAGGUCUGAAGAAGGUUCCAGUGAGAGUAGCAAAAGAUUCUCUUCAUCAGUCCCUAAGGAUCGAAGAGGCACAUACAAAAGAAGGAAAACGGAAGAGACAUGGAGCAAUGUAUCUCCCACCACUGAGGAUAAUCUUGCCUGGAGAAAGUAUGGACAGAAGGACAUACUCAAUUCUAAAUUCCCCAGGAGUUAUUAUAGGUGCACUCGGAAGUAUGAUCAAGGUUGCAAAGCAACAAAACAAGUUCAAAAGAUUCAAGAUAAUCCAGUUUUGUAUCAAAUUACCUGCAUUGGUCGUCACACUUGCAAAGAAACUCUCAAAGCUCCACAAAUGACAGCAUAUCUUUUGAAUCCACAAGACCAUCAUCAAACCCCACCAACGAAUGCUAUAAUCAAACAAGAAUAUCCCAAACAAGAGGACACUCCGAGUGGUGAAAUAAUCAUUGCAGAAAAAUUGGAUGCAAACCUUUGGUCUGAGUUGAAGGAUAUCGAGAUAACCAACCCUCCUACUUAUGCUAACUUUGGCGCAUUUUCUUAUAAUUUUUGCACCACCGGGUUCCACUUUGAUGAUCAUCAUCAUGAUGAAAGUCAUAUGCUAUAAUUAGUUAUAUUUUAUUUCCUAAUCUUGACUAUAUAUGUGUAUUAUUAAGCUUUAAGCUUCAAGUUUCGUGCAUGUACUAUAUACGACAGUCAUUUUAAUUUGAUCAUUCCCACAUCAAUCAGUUUCAA